GUUUUAAUGGAAACUAUUGACUCGAACAAAGUUGCAGACUGAAUGGUCUGCGGAGGAACAUUCAAAGGAAGCGAGAUGGGAAUCUUGUGUAGCAAAGGGCACUGCCUUUGUAUAGAAUGAGGAAAAAGAUUCAUCGGUAGUCUCAUUGGAAAUUCAGAGGAAAUGUGUCCAGCUAGAUGCUCUUCCUGUAAGGUCAUGCUGGAUUAUGGCCAGGUUGAAGCUCUGCUUGAAGGAGAUCAGCAUCAAGAGUAUUCUUUGCAAUGUACAAAAGCUCUUAUAGACAAGAGAGAUAGUGAAGUCAUCUGAUGUCCUUAUUGCAAUUACUUUGAAGUUUGGCCAUUAUCCUCAGAAGAUAUAACUUUCGUUUGAUCGAAUGAAGAGUGCGGAAAAGUUAGCUGCACUGCUUGCUUUUGUGAGUUUGAGUUCGCUGAUGAUUUAUCUGACGAAGAUGAGCCUGUAUCUCAUGAGAAGUGAUACAACCUCAAGAAAAUUAAGAGAGACUGGGAACAGACAAUCAAUAAGGGCUCUCAAAGAUUCUGCCCAAAGUGAGGAUAUGGAGGAAUAAAAUAAUGAUGCUUGUACCCACAUGACUUGUGUUCAAUGUAAGUCUGAUUGGUGUUACAUCUGUGGUACAAGCAGUGACAAAUGUGACAAAUCAAAUCCCAAUGGUAAUCUCUACAGACAUAAUGAUGAUUGGGAGACAAACAGCAAAAGAUGCCCAAUGUAUUUAAAUUAUAUUGGGCAAGUUGACAAAAGAUGGAGUACUAAAAAUGAUAGAGAAGCAAAAGAGUUCUUACACAAGCUCCUUGUAUCGAAAGCUAUAUGUUGCUUUGAAUCCAAAUACUCUAAAGAGGAGCUGAAUGAGUUCUAUGAAGCUUAUCCUGAAAUCACUGAAGACGAAUAUGACAUUAAGGGUGCUAGAUCAAUGGAUCUUAGACUUAUUAUCAGAUAAUCAAUUUCUCGAUCAAAACCAAAUCUC